AACUUUGUCUUUAGUCAUUCAGCAACCUUCGCCGUGAACUAGGACACUCCCUUCUCAAGAAAAACACUGAAACCUGUGUGCUCUACACAUUAUUCUGUGUUGCUGUUGGAGAACAAGUCACAUCCAAAUGCCUGUCCAUGUCACUGAAUACUUCGUCUCGGACAAUCAAAUGAUUUCACUUGUUCAUGCGUUCUGGCAAUAGAUGAAGAGGACACUUUGUUACCUAUUUUUCUGCUGCCUUUUAGUGAACCUCUGCCAUAGCUGUCUAAACAUUACACACCACAAUGUGACCUUUAAUGCAACAAAUUUUGAAUAUGUGCUACAAUGGAACAAAGACCACCUUCCACCAGACGUAUUGUUUAAUGUCCAAUACAAGAGAUAUGGCCAGACUGGGUGGUCAUUAUUUUCUGAAUGUCAGAAUAUAACUGAAGUCUACUGUAAUUUAACAAAUGCAAUCACUGAUGAUGAAGAGGACUUCAUGGAACACCAAUAUUUUGGGAGAGUCAGAGCCUUAACAAGAAACUGUUCUUCUGACUGGGUCAUGUCCAAGAGGCUCAACCCGCGGGAUGAUACUUUCUUGAUUUUGCCGAAAUUGAAUUAUAUUGAACAUGUCAGUUCAGUAACAAUACUUGUUCCAACUAUCUCUUUGGCCUUGAGAAGCAAGGACAACAAGCAAGUGACUGUGGAAGAGCUUUACAAGGAUCAACGUUUUGAAUACCACCUAAUCUUUUUUGAUGCAGAGCAUCGUGACAUCUGGCAAAAGCCUCAGAAAGACAAAAUGUUUGAAGUUUCUGGCUUGAGUCCCAACACUGAAUACAAUGGAAGUGUAUAUAUCAUGAUUGGAGAUAAACAGAAAAGUGAAAUUCAGAAUUUUGCGGUGAAAACACUUCCAGAUCAUUCGUUGGCCACAUUGAUUGUCAGUCUCAUUACCAUUUUUGUUGCUGUGUUGGGUACAGCGAUGCUUUACCUCAGCUGUAAAUAUGUUCGACGCCAAGCAAAAACACCAAGUUCUUUAGACUUUAAAAAGUUUUCCAGGAUUCCGUUACUGACAAAAAGAAAGGAAAAUUGCAGUACUAUGGGUUUUUCCCAAUGGAUACUUCCACUGACUAAUUAUUCAGAUUUAAAUAUAUGUCAGUAUCAAGGUGAGGAUGCUAAGCAAAUAGGUUAUGCCAGGCAAUCCCACACUUCUGACACCAACACAAACUCUCAAUUGCUAUCAAAAGCCUGCUUUGAUUUGCAGCAGAAUAACAAAAAAACAGACUUAUCGGUUCAAUAUGGAGGCUUUUUUGAAGACACUAUGGAAUGUCAGAACAAUCCUACUCCAGAUCGUUUAAACAAUACUUCUUAUAACUCACAGUCACAGUCGGAGUUCCAUGUGACAUUUCAUCAGCUACCUCUGGAUAAGGACAGUGGGCCUUUGAAUAGGCCAGAAGAUAAUGGUCUCCCUAAUCAUAAACCAAAUCAUGACCUUAAUCUAACAUCAGGACUAAUGUCCAGUGUUGUAGUCAGUAAUGCUUGGGAAUUUGGGAAUCAGGGAGAAUGUACAGAAACAUUUCCACCACUUUCACUGUUGGACCUAAUCUUACCUGGAUUUCCAAAUGGCCAUGUAGAAGAAAAUGCCUCGGAAAACAGAUUACCAGAACUUAGUAGCAGCCACUAUAGAAUGCAGCUGCCUGUGGAAGAUUCACAAUUGUCAUUUACUAAUGCAACCUCUAUCUCUGAACAACCAUACAGGCUACAACGUUAACCUAAUCAUUUAUCCAUGCAAAAGACUUUUAAAGAAGACUAGAGACUUUCAGAAUAUUUUUACUUAUUAUUACGAAAUGCCCAGCGGUUUGUCAAACAAUGUUCUUGUAAGGUAAAUUACAAGAAUCACUGACAUUGUGUAGCACAACAGCACUUUGUAUCACAGUUGUGUAUCACAGCACUUUAUUUUGCACACUAAAUACCAGUAAUAUAUUCCUGAAAUAUAAAACCUUUAUUUAGGCCUGGGUCACACCUAUGCAUUUUUUCAGCACAUUUUCAGUUUUGCAGAAACGUACUACAGUCCAUUUAGCAUGAUGUCCUAUGGAACACGUUGUGUAGUGGAAAUCUGCAAAAUGCAAAAAACACAAAAAAUGCAUAAGCAUGAACCAGGCCUUAAAGCUUACCUGCAGACACACAGAUACACACACAAUAGAAAUA